GAACCGGAGGCAGCGGCAGCGGCGAGAGCUCUGGCGGCCGCCGCCGCCUCCUCGCGAGCGCCGCGCGCCCAGGCCCGGCUCGCAUGCGAGUCACGUCCGCCCCCUCGGCGCGGCCGCCCCGAGACGCCGGCCCCGCCGAGUGAUGAGAACAGACGUCAAACUGCCUUAUGAAUAUUGAUGCGGAGGCUAGGCUGCUUUCGUAGAGAAGCAGAAGGAAGCAAGAUGGCUGCCCUUUAGGAUUUGUUAGAAAGGAGACCUGACUGCAACUGCUGGAUUGCUGCAAGGCUGAGGGACGAGAACGAGGCUGGCAAACAUUCAGCAGCAGACCCUCUCAAGAUUAUCAACUUGCCCUUGCUCCUGUUGAGUUGCCACUCGUGGAAACAGGAGAUGGGCUCAGCAGUAGUCAACAGGACAUGAUCCAGGAGGAGCAGUGAGGGAUAGAACUGCUGAAUUCAUUCAAAGGGCAGCCUUGUGGAUGGCCCCGAAGCAAGCCUGAUGGAACAGGAUAGAAUCAACCAUGCUGACGGCAACAGUCUAAGUCCAUUCCUGAUUCCAUCACCUUCUCCCAUCUGCCAGACAGACCCUCUGGCCAUAAAGCUCCAGAAUGGAAGCCCACUUACAGAGAAACCUCAUCCAGAGGUAAAUGGAGACACCAAGUGGCAGUCUUUCAACAGUUAUGGAAUACCCCAUAUGAAAGGUAGCCAGAGUACUUGCCGAAGUCCAGACUUAAUGCCAGAAGACAGAGGGUAUUCCAAGCACUUGCAAAAUGGAGGAAUAAAACGCACAGUUAGUGAACCAUCUCUCUCUGGGCUCCAUCAGAACAAGAAGUUGAAACUAGACCAAAAAGCUAAGGGAGAAAAAAAUGACUUCGGGGAAAGCCAAGAAAGAAAUCCAGGUGAAAGCAGCAGUCAACCAAACGUCUCCGCUUUGAGUGGUAGGAGAGAAUCUGGAAGCUCCAUAACCCAAGAAAACGCAGUUCAAGAUUUCACCAGUUUUUCAGCUCAUAACUGCAAUGGGUCUGAAAAUCCAGAGCUUCAGAUUCUAAAUGAGCAGAAGGAGAAAAAUGCUAACAACUACCAAUUACUUCUUAAAAACAAGGCAGUGCUAAUGCCUAAUGGUGCUACAGUUUCUGCCUCUUCCAUGGAAAACACACACGGUGAACUCCUGGAAAAAACACUGUCUCAAUAUUAUCCAGAUUGUGUUUCCAUUGCGGUGCAGAAAACCACAUCUCACAUAAAUGCCAUUAAUAGUCAGGCUACUAAUGAGUUGUCUUGUGAAAUCACUCACCCAUCACAUACCUCAGGGCAGAUCAAUUCCCCACAGGCCUCUAGUUCCGAGCUGCCUCCAGAGCCGGCUGCUGUGGUGACUGAGGCCUGUGAUGCUGAUAAUGCCAGUAAGCCGAUUGCAGUGCUAGGUACCUGUCCUUUCCAGAAACCAGAACAACUACAACAACAAAAGUCACCUUUUGAGAUAUGCCCAUCAUCUGCAGAAAACGGUAACAUCCAAGGAAACAUGAAGGUAGUGUCUGGUGAAGAGUUCUGUCCAGGUCCCAGCAGCAAUAUGCAAGCUCCUAGUGGCAGCUCUGAACAGUAUUUAAAGCAAAAUGAAAUGAAUGGUGCUUACUUCAAGCAAAACUCAGUGUUCACUAAGGAUUCCUUCUCUGCCACUACCACACCACCACCAUCACAAUUGCUUCUUUCUCCCCCUCCUUCUCUCUCUCCUGCUGUUCCUCAGCUUCCUUCCGAAGGAAAGAGAACUCUGCACAAUGGAGUUUUGGAAGAAAACCAUCACUACCCCAACCAGAGUAACAUAACUCUUUUAAGGGAUGUGAAAAUGGAGGGUCAACCUGAGGCACCAACAUCCCAGAGUCCUAAUCCAUCUAUCCGUGUAUCUACCCCAUCUCUGAUGCUUCCAGAAGGGCCUCAGAAUAAUUGUGUUACUAAGAAUGGCUUACUGAUACCAGGGACAAUGACUGUCCCAUUGUGUCCUGAGAAAACAAGACCAACAUCAGAACAUCUCAAGCAUCAUACACCAAUUCUUGGUAGCAGUGGGGAUUUACAGGAUCACUGCCAUCAGUUGAUGGGACACAAAGAGCAAGAGAUUCUGAAGGAUCGGGACAAGGAACAUACACAAGACCUUGUGCUCCCAACACAGCACUACCUGAAACCAGGAUGGAUUGAAUUGAAGUCCCCUCAUUUUCACCAAGGAGAAUCCCAUCAAAAAUGUAAUGAGGCAUCACUGCAGUCCAUUCUUCAGUAUCAGUCCAAACCUUCUAAUCAAAUGACCUCCAAACAAUACACUGGAAAUUCCAACACACCUGCAGGGCUCUCAAGGCAAGCUUACAUCCAGAAAAUAAUGCAGCCAGAGCAGAAGUCACAAAUGUACCAAGUUGAGAUGAAUCAAGGGCAGUCUCAAGGUAUGGUGGACCAACAUCUCCAGUUCCAAAAACUCUCACACCAGGUGCAUGUCUCUAAGACAGACCCUUUACCUGAAGCUCAUGUGCAGGCACCUUGUGCCUCUAGAUUUCAUUUUCCACAAAGGGCAGAUACCCAAACAGAGAAAUUCAUGUCCCCAUUGUUAAAACAGCCCUUGAAUCAACAGGCCUCAGAGACUGAGCCAUUUUCAAACUCACACCUUUUGCAACAUAAGCCUCAUAAACAGGCAGCACAAACACAACCGUCCCAGAAUUCACAGUUUCCUCAAAACCAGCAGCAGCAAAAGUUACAAAUGAAGAAUAAAGAACAAAUGUCUCAGACAUUGUCUCAUCCCCAAGGUCACAGUGAUCAGGAAAGAGAAGGAACAUUCUUUCGCCAGAUUAAAAUGGAAGAAUGCUAUAGUAGUGAAAAUCAGUAUUCAAAAUCAAGUGAGUUCCAAACUCAGAAUGCUCAAGUGGGAUUAGAGCAAGUACAGAAUACAAGUAAUAGAAAUUCUCCUUAUGGCCAGAUCUUAAAAUCAAGUGCAAGCAAAGUGCAUAUUUCCUGUUCAAACAAUACACACCUAAUUCCAGAGAAUAAAGAACAAGCUGUACGUGCUGAACUCUUUACAGUAAACAAGACCCCAAACUUGCAUCACAUGCAGUAUUUUCCAAAUAAUGUGACCCCAAAACAAGAUAUUCUUCACAGGUGCUUUCAAGAACAAGAGCAGAAGUCUCAACAGGCUUCAGUUCUACAGGGAUAUAAAAACAGAAACCAAGAUAUAUCUGGACAACAAACCGUACAACUAGCUCAGCAAAGGUACUUGAUGCAAAACCAAGCAAAGACUUUCCCGGUGCCCGACCAGGGAGGAAGUCACCUUCAGACUCCUCCCCAGAAGGACAUUCAGAAGCAUGCUGCACUAAGGUGGCACCUCUUACACAAGCAAGAACAGCAGCAAGCACAGCAAAACCAACCUGAGUCGUGCCAUAAUCAGGUACACAGGCCAAUUAAGAUUGAACCUGGAUCCAAGCCCCAUGCCUGUAUGCGUCCCAUGUCAGCACAGCAAGAAAACAAAACAUGGAAAAAAAUAACUAAGCAAGAGAUUACAUCUCCAAGCUGUGACAAUGUGCAACAGAAGAGCAUCAUUGAGACCAUGGAGCAGCAUCUGAAGCAGUUUCAGGUCAAAUCAUUAUUUGACCAUAAGGCUCUUACUCUCAAAUCACAGAAACAAAUAAAAGUUGAAAUGUCAGGGCCAGUCACAGUUUUAACUAGGCAAAUCACUGCUACCGAUCUCGAUAACCAUACCCCAGGUUUAGAGCAGCAUGCAACUUCAGAAAAGACACCAACUAAAAGAACAGGUGGUUCUCUUCUUGGUACUUUUAUAGAGUCACCUUCCAAAUUACUAGAUACUCCUGUAAAAAAUUUAUUGGAUACACCUGUCAAGACUCAAUAUGAUUUCCCAUCAUGCAGAUGUGUAGAGCAAAUUAUUGAAAAAGAUGAAGGUCCUUUUUAUACCCAUCUAGGAGCAGGUCCUAAUGUGGCAGCUAUUAGAGAAAUCAUGGAAGAAAGGUAUGGAGAGAAGGGUAAAGCUAUUAGGAUUGAAAGAGUCAUCUAUACUGGUAAAGAAGGCAAAAGUUCUCAGGGAUGUCCUAUUGCCAAAUGGGUGAUUCGCAGAAGCUGCCUUGAGGAGAAGCUCCUGUGUUUGGUGCGUGAGCGAGCUGGCCACACCUGUGAGGCUGCAGUAAUUGUGAUUCUCAUCCUGGUGUGGGAAGCAAUCCCACUGUCUCUGGCUGACACACUCUACGUGGAGCUAGCCAAGACGCUGAGGAAAUACGGCACAUUCACUAAUCGUCGGUGUGCCCUCAAUGAGGAGAGAACCUGUGCCUGUCAGGGGCUAAAUCCAAAGACCUGUGGUGCCUCCUUUUCUUUUGGUUGUUCGUGGAGCAUGUAUUAUAACGGAUGUAAGUUUGCGAGAAGCAAGAUUCCAAGGAAAUUCAAGCUACUUGGGGAUGAUCCAAAAGAGGAAGAGAAACUUGAGGCUUAUUUUCAAAACCUGUCUACUCUUAUCGCACCAAUAUACAAGAAACUUGCACCGGAUGCGUAUAAUAAUCAGAUCGAAUAUGAACACAGAGCUCCAGAGUGCCGUCUGGGUCUGAAGGAAGGCCGUCCAUUCUCAGGGGUCACCGCAUGUUUGGACUUCUGUGCUCAUGCCCAUAGAGAUUUGCACAACAUGCAGAAUGGCAGCACAGUGGUCUGCACCCUCACUAGAGAAGACAAUCGAGAACUUGGAGGACACCCUGAGGAUGAACAGCUCCACGUGUUGCCUUUAUAUAAAAUCUCCGACGUAGACGAGUUUGGGAAUGUAGAAGGUCAGGAGGAGAAGAAACGAUGUGGUGCCAUUCAGGUACUGAGUUCUUUUCGGCGCAAAGUCAGGAUGUUAGCAGAGCCAGUUAAGACAUGCCGACAAAGGAAACUGGAAGCAAAGAAAGCUGCUGCUGAAAAGCUUUCCUCUCUGGAGAAUAGCUCAAAUAAGAGUGAAAAGGAUAAGGUGGCCUCAUCACGUACGAAACACACAGAAGGUGCAAACCAGGCCAAACAGUUGACAGAACUUUUGCGACUUUCAGGACCAGUCAUGCAGCAGUCCCAGCAGCCCCAACCCCAGCCACAGCAGCGACCCCAGCAGCCCCAGCACACUCAUCAGCAGCCACAGCAGCCCCACCACACCUUAACUAAUCACCCUCAGUCAGAGUCCGUCAGCUCUUACUCUUCAUCCGGACCCACUGGUCUAUACAUGAGACGGCCCAAUCCCAUCAGUCCUUAUCCAAGCUCUUCACACACUUCAGAGAUUUAUGGAGGCACCAACCCUAUGAACCUCUAUUCCACCUCAUCCCAAGCUGCAGGUUCAUAUUUGAGUUCUUCUAAUCCCAUGAAUCCCUACCCUGGACUCUUAAAUCAGAAUAACCAAUAUCCAUCCUAUCAGUGCAAUGGAAAUGUGUCAAUGGACAACUGCUCCCCUUAUCUGGGUUCUUAUUCUUCCCAGUCUCAGCCCAUGGAUCUAUAUAGAUAUCCAAGCCAAGACCACCUCUCUAAGCUAAAUCUACCACCCAUCCAUACACUUUACCAGCAGAGGUUUGGAAAUAGCCAGAGUUUUACCUGUAAGUACUUAGGUUAUGGAAACCAAAAUAUGCAGGGAGAUACCUUCAGCAGUUGCACCAUUAGACCAAAUAUACACCCCGUAGGGUCAUUUCCUCCUUAUUCCACUCAUGAGAUGGAGGGCCACUUCAUGGGUGCUGCCUCUAGAUUACCACCCAAUCUGAGCAAUCCAAACAUAGACUGUAAAAGUGGUGAACAUCAUCCACCUUCUCACAUAAUCCAUAACUGCAGUGCAGCUUCAGACAUGAUCAACAGCUCUCUUCAUGCCCUGAAUCUCCAAAACAAAGAGAAUGACAUACUUUCCCACACAGCUAAUGGUCUAGCUAAGAUGCUUCCAGGGCUUAACCAUGAUAGAACUGCUUCUGUCCAAGGUGUGUUACACAAAUUAAGUGAUGCGAACAGUCAGGAGAAGGAGCCUGCCACACCAGUCCAGGGUGUGGCUUCUACUGCAGAGGAAGACGAUGAUGUCUGGUCGGACAGUGAGCAGUGCUUUCUGGAUCCUGACAUUGGGGGAGUGGCUGUGGCUCCAACUCAUGGGUCAAUUCUCAUCGAGUGUGCAAAGCGCGAGCUUCAUGCCACAACCCCCUUAAAGAAUCCCAAUAGGAUUCGCCCCACCAGGAUCUCCCUUGUCUUUUACCAGCACAAGAGCAUGAAUGAGCCCAAACAUGGAUUGGCUCUCUGGGAGGCCAAAAUGGCAGAAAAAGCCCGUGAGAAAGAAGAAGAGUGUGAAAAGUAUGGCCCAGACUAUGUGCCUCAGAAAACCCAUGGCAAAAAAGUGAAACGGGAGCCCACUGAACCGCAUGAGCCUUCCGAGCCCACUUACCUGCGCUUCAUCAAGUCCCUUGCUGAAAAGACCACAUCUGGGACCACAGACUCCACAGUAACUACAUCUCCAUAUGCCUUCACUCGGGUCACAGGGCCUUACAACAGAUACAUAUGAUGUCCUUUUUGUUGGUAACCUCGUUUGAAUAGACCACAACCACAGUUUGUCAGUAGCUUAGCUCUCGUGACAUGGGCAGUGGGGAAAAGUUGCAGUAUUCAUGACAAAUGCGGUGGGGAAAACCUCCACUCACCAGCCAAAAAAAAAAAACAAAACAAAACAAAACAAAACAAAA